ACUAAUUGAAACGUUGGACUGGAAGAGCCAGUUACAAAUAUCAGAACUGUCAGCUGAUAGAUUUUAGCGUAUUUUAAAUCAAAUGAGCUCAUGGGCUGUUACUCGAAGAGAUGAAACGCAGGAAGCUGAUUAUGGAUCAAUGCAUCUGAACGAGACACCCUGUCUAUACCGUUUGACAUCUGGGUUUUCUGGCUGUUCUGCUCAGUCCAUUGCUACUCGAUGGAUUGAAAGGAGUUUCGAACUAAAUAAUUUGACUUUAACGGAUUAUCAACGACGUGUUCAAGAAAUUCGACGUUCAGUUCGUCAAGGUAUCGAUUCAGCAGCAACAUGUACAGAUGGGAUUAUUCAUGCAUUAAAGCAAUUAAUUCAUAGUGGAUGGCUUAACAGCCGAUGGAAUUUAAUCAGUGUUGAUUGUGAUCACUUCGCAUCGGAACCAUGGGAAAAAAAUUUUGCUUGUUGUUAUCGUAAUGCUCAGUGUAUACUUUCAUCUUUAUUUCGGAUUCCUGAGUUUAGAAAACGUCUUUUUGGAUCCGUGUCUGCAAUGCCAUCCAUAUGGAAACUACAAGCUCUUUUGGAGUCUGCUUGGUCACUUGGUUUUGAUCCACUUGGUGCAUCCCAGAUAUCUUCAACGAUCAAUCCGAAUAAAAUUUCGUCUGGUGUCAAUCCUACAGGUUCUGAUGACAUGAUUUCUACUGAUAGUCGUAAUCUCGUUGGAAUUGUAGACAGUACUGCAUGUCUAGGUGCCACUGAUAUGGUUUCUCUUUUCGGAUCGAUAGGAAUACGUUCGUCAAUCAUAGAAUGUCGUGCCCCUUCCGGCCCUGGUGGAACUCACCCAUACCUCUUAACUCAUAUUUACUCUUAUAUUACCUCAGGUAAUAGUCAUGGAAUAUCGAAUGAGUCUGUCACACUCCCAAUGCUAUUACAACAUGAAGGUCACAGUCGUAUAGUUAUUGGUGUCGAAGUUGACGAAGAUGACAAACCGUUAGCUCUCAUUGUUCUAGAUCCUGAUGUAUCGGCUGAAGCUAUGCGUCAAGUUAUCAAAGCAGCUGAUUAUUCUAUAUCUAGUCCGAGUAUAGAUUUAUCUCAUCUUUCUUUCGGAUCAUAUAAUUGGAUGGAUGUUUUAGGAAGUAUGCGUGUGGAUAUGACUCAGUUAGUUCAACCUCAGUAUCAACUGCUUCAAAUUAAUGGAUUAAUAGAAACGGAUUUAGAUCUCCAGGACGCCAUGGUUCCGGAAAAUGUUACAGUUGCGAUCUCAUAAAAAUAUCGUUUGGAAAUGUAACGUUAUUUUUUAUCUAAACCCCAUUCUUAACAUUUUUUCUUGGAUGUUAGUAAUUUCCAUUCAUCUAAUUUAAUGUUUCUCACAUUCUUUCUGCAUUGUAUUACUUUCAUUCUUAUAUAAACGUUUUAUGUUUCUUAGGUUUAUUUUUAUACAUGCUUUUAACUAAUCUCACGACAGUUCAUCACUAUAGGUAUGAUUGUUUUUAUUCCCAAUGACCCCAUUGCUUUCACUUGUAUUUCACGUAUUCGUUUUUCUGCCCGUUUCUUUAUCUUUCUACUGUGUAACACUACUACUUAAUGAUCAGCUAUGAUAAAUCUGCGUACUAUCUUUAUCUUCGCGCUUUCAUGUUUCAUCCUUCUUUAGGAUGAAAUAGCUUUGAAACUAAUAAAUACAUUGUGUUGUAUAUGUACCCUUUAUUUCUUUGGCAGUUGUCUAUUUGUUGCAGACUAAUAUAAGUAUGAUAGGAACAGUA